CACUCAUUAUUUAAAGUACUAAGAAUUUGGGGGUGCAGACUUGCAGGGAAGGCGCAAUUAUGUGUUGUUGUUGUUGUCACGCCUCAACAAGGAAAAACUUAAGAUGCUUGUUGUACGCAUUAUGCACAUUUAACUGGGUUGGAGCCGUUAUCCUCGGUGCUCUUGGUGUCGUCGCUUUUACGUCACCGAACUACGUCUUUGUAAUAACAGCUACGGCUAUUUUCUUGACAACCUUCUUUGGAUGCUGCGGCGCUCAGCAGGAAUCAAAAUGUCACCUUCGAAUCUUCGGGUCCUUCAUGAUCUGCACAUUGGUGGGCCUCGCUAUUUGUUGCUUCUUUGGUUUUGAUAAAGAUAACCAAAAAGCCGGAUCAUUGCCAGCAUUUUUAGCAUUAUUAAUGGCUGUGCUUCAGUUGCUUGCGGCUAUUACUGCAUUCUACUUUGCAAGACAUCUUAGAAAUUAUACAUCAGCACCAGCACACGUUAUUAACAUUCAAGUUUGACGGAAAACUACAAGGCCAACAAAACAAAACAAAAAGUCCCUUAAUGUUUUUACGAUAUUUGAUAUUUCUCACAUAAAAUAUAGAAGUAAAAACUCCAAGCCACACAUUUAACCCUUAAAAAUAUACAAUAUUGGAUAAAUAUUCCAUAUUUAUUAUAAUAUAUUGCAUUGUAUUUGUUAUACAUAUGAAUAUAACAAAAAAGAAAAAUAAUAUUGACAUUUUUUAUGCUUUUUGAUACAAACAAAUUUAAUAAUUUGUGAAAAAAUAUGUAUGUUUCAAUAAAUAAGCUUUAAGCAACAA